AAUAAAUCCAAUUUCGACCGCAUCACAAAGAGACAGAGAGAGCGUCAAAUUCUCUUGGCUUGGUCGUCUGCGUGAGUGUGACUGAGCGAGUGUGUGGUCGAAAUCAGACGGUGAAAAUAAUCGUGGCAAAAGCGGCGACAUUUUAUACACGUAUCAGAAGCAAACUCAACGUGUUUUGAGAACGUUGUACUGUGUUGUGGGACGCGUCGAGGCUGUCGCAUAUUACAACCACAUACAAGCAAAUUUACCUAGAAACAGUGAGUGAUCUGAUCAUUAAAUGCGUACGCGAAAUUAAAACACUUACUAAAAACGCAAUCUUAAAACGUAAUUGGAACUCGAAAGCUUUCUGUAAAUGAAACAUCAACAUAUGAACAACUGCAGUAUGGAGAAUGACAUCAUCGUUUAAAUGUUGCAUCCAUUUGUUUGUCCGAACCGUUUUUAGCUAACAACGUAGAGCAUUUACCAUCAUCAACAGCGCAACUGUACCAUUUUGGAUUGUGGCUAAAAGGACCUCAAAGAAAAACACAAAAAAAAAAAAACAAAGAAAAGAAAGUGCUAGUCAAACAUUUCUCCCACAUCGCUAAGACUGCGUGUCUCCAUCUCUCUCACUCUCUGUGUGUGUGUGUGUGAGUGUGUGUGUGCGUGUUAGCACACAUUCCCAUUGUCCGUGUCUCGCUCCAGCCUUUAAUCGCCGCUUGCCACCCACAGUAAAAAGUCGGCAAGAUGUUCAUCGAAGAUGAUGCGCAAAUGGACAGCUUCUGGGUGCAGAGUGCCUUGGGUGCGAUCAAGGCGAUUGCAUUUGUCUACGAUAUCAUAACGCUGCCGGUCUAUUUGGUAAUACAGCGGCCCUGGAUACGACGACAGGAGUCGCGGCGAGUCAAGGCCACGCCCAUCAGCAAGAAAUUGUUGGUCGAUGAGCCCACCAAGUACGCGCCGGAUGACAUUGAGGCAAAGAUUAUUAAGAACGAUGACACUGAGCUAACCUACCGGACUACGGAACCGCCGCGCGAUGUGCAUGUAAAGAUGCUGCAGGAGAAUAUCGAUACGCUGGAGAAGGUCUUCAACUAUGUGGCCAAGACGCACUCGACGAAACGGUGUCUGGGCACCCGGCAGAUACUCAGCGAGGAGGAUGAAACCCAGCCGAAUGGACGUGUCUUCAAAAAGUACAACAUGGGCGACUACAAGUGGAAGAACUUCAUCGAGGCGGAGCGCAUGGCGGCCAGCUUUGGCCGUGGUCUACGCGAACUUGGCCUGUCGCCGCGAAUGAAUAUUGUUAUCUUUGCCGAGACACGUGCCGAGUGGAUGAUUGCUGCCCAUGGUUGCUUCAAGCAGGCAAUGCCCAUUGUCACCGUCUAUGCCACGCUUGGUGAUGACGGUGUUGCCCACUGCAUUACUGAAACUGAAGUUACCACGGUUAUUACCUCGCAUGAUCUGUUGCCCAAAUUCAAGACACUGCUCGCCAAAUGCCCAAAUGUGGACACCAUUAUCUAUAUGGAGGAUCAGCUGCAUAAGACCGAAACCACUGGAUUCAAGGAAGGUGUCAAAGUGCUGCCCUUCGCUCAAGUUGUUAAAAUUGGCAAUGACAGCAAAUUUGAGAAUGUGCCACCAAAGGCCGAGGAUAAUGCGAUCAUCAUGUACACUUCCGGCUCAACGGGCACGCCAAAGGGUGUUUUGCUGUCGCACAAGAAUUGCAUUGCAACAAUGAAGGGCUUCUGCGAUAUGGUUACCAUUUAUCCGGAAGAUGUACUGAUUGGCUUUCUGCCACUGGCGCAUGUCUUUGAACUGGUGGCUGAGAGUGUUUGCUUGAUGACUGGCGUCUCUAUUGGCUAUUCGACACCACUGACGCUGAUCGACACGAGUAGCAAGAUCAAGCGCGGCUGCAUGGGCGAUGCCUCCGUGCUGAAGCCCACGUGCAUGACUUCGGUGCCGCUGAUACUCGAUCGCAUCUCCAAGGGCAUCAAUGACAAGGUUAACUCGGGCUCUGCAUUCAGAAAGGCUCUCUUCAAAUUCCUCUACCAGUACAAAGUCAAGUGGGUGCAGCGUGGUUAUCAGACCCCAUUCAUUGACAGUCUGGUCUUCAAGAAGGUGGCCAAGCUGAUGGGCGGCAGGGUGCGCAUUAUUAUGUCCGGCGGAGCACCCCUCUCCGCUGACACACACGAACAGAUCAAGACGUGUCUGUGCGUGGAUUUAAUACAAGGCUAUGGCCUAACAGAGACUACAUCUGGCGCAACUGUGAUGGAUUAUCGUGACAUGACCUAUGGACGCACUGGUGGACCCUUGACCGUUUGCGACAUUCGGCUGGUGAAUUGGGAGGAGGGCAAUUAUCGCAUUACCAACAAACCGUAUCCCCAGGGAGAGGUGCUCAUUGGUGGUGAUUGCGUUUCGCAAGGCUAUUACAAGCUGCCCGGCAAGACCAAUGAGGACUUUUUCGAGGAAGACGGACGCCGUUGGUUCAAAACCGGCGACAUUGGAGAAGUGCAAACCGAUGGCGUACUUAAGAUAAUUGAUCGCAAGAAGGAUCUGGUUAAGCUGCAGGCUGGUGAAUAUGUCUCACUGGGCAAGGUCGAAUCCGAGCUGAAGACUUGCGGCAUUAUUGAGAACAUUUGCGUUUAUGGGGAUCCCUCAAAACAAUUCACUGUCGCGCUGGUCGUGCCGAAUCAGAAACACCUCGAGGAUCUCGCCGAGCGACAUGGUCUGAAAAACAAAACGUAUGAGGAACUGUGCUCAUCACCCAUCAUGGAGAAGGCCAUACUCAAGGAAAUUAGCGAGCAUGCGCGAAAAUGCAAAUUACAAAAGUACGAGGUGCCCGCGGCUAUAACGCUGUGCAAGGAAGUUUGGUCGCCGGAUAUGGGUCUGGUGACGGCUGCCUUCAAGCUGAAGCGGAAGGACAUUCAGGACAAAUAUCAGCACGACAUAAAUCGCAUGUAUGCUUCAUGAAAAGCAAUGGACUAAACAGCGGUAGCAUCAUUGAAGCUAAUUGUGUACUAAAUAUAUAUACCAAUUGUUUUAGUAUAGCUCAAAAUUCAAAAUUCAUUGUUCAAAACCAAACUAGCUUAAGUUCAAUGAGAUCUUAAAUCUAAAAACCAAAAAGAUACAAACACAAACACACAAAAACACAAAUACAAACACAUCAGCAGCUUAGCCUGUAUAGGUAACAUUUUUAUUUAGAAUAUUUUCUAUUUAAGCAGAGAAAAGAGCAUGUAUCGAGUUUUUAGACAAUGUGCAGCUUGGUUUUGUUACUUUUGUUUUGUACCAUGCUGUUGAUAAUGAUGAUGAUAUGAUAAUGAUUACGAUUAAAUGACAAUGAUAAUGAUACUGAUGAUAACGGUUAUGAUUCGAUGUACAGUUUUCGUGUUUUUUUUAGUACAUUUUUGAGGCAAGUGAAAAUUACGUAAAGUAAUACUUAUUUUUAUAAAAAAAAAACACAAAAUAAAGAAACCCUAAACUAAGCUUAAGUGGUUGCCUAAUAAUUAUGUACAUACUAUACAUAUACACAAUCGCGUAUAUAUCAAAAUCUUAAUUUAGAUUUUAUUAUACAUACAUAUAUUUAUAGCAUACUUCUUUAAACUUAGUGUUAUAUAUAUAUAUAUAUGGCAAAUAUUGAAGUAAUGAAUUGUAGCAAACAAAUAAACACACAAACAAAAACGACAUGUUCUGAAUUCAAAUGCUAAAUGCAGACAAACUAUUACAAUUUCUUUACUUCUUUACGGGACGUAAAUGAAAAGAGAAAAGUGAAAACACAAAAUACGAACCCUCCAUAUAUAAAUUUAUACACAAAACGCAUGCAAAUGUUUACAACAAAUAUUGUAAAAUAUGUAUUUUAGGGAAAUUUAGUUAAUGCAACAAUGCGAAUAAACUUUAAACAUCAAUUCUAAUUACAAUUCGAAAUUCGGAAUUCAGAAUCAACAUAAGAAAGACUUAGAACUAGAAGAAUAUUUAAAAAUAAAAACAAUGACUAUUCUUAUAAGAUUCAAUACAGAUAUUUUUCUUGUUUGUUUAGAUGUGCAAAUAGAUUUGAUUAACUUUUAGUCAUAUUUUUAGUUACUACCUAUAAAUGAUAGGAAUGUUUUUAGCAAUUGACUAUGAAGAGGUGCGUUUCUGAAACGAGAACGAAAUAUGUAUUUGAUAAAUUCUAGUGAACGAGCUAACAUUUUUAAAAUAUCGCAAUUCAUUUUGUUUACUAAGUAUACACGUACACAUACUAUGUAAUGCAUAUUUUAGAUAGUUAUUUAUAAUUAUAGAAUGCGUUACACAAAAAGUCGUAAACUAAGUUAAUUUUGCAUUAUUGUACAUUUGGGUGUAUAAAUGAUGAGAUGAUAAAUCAAUAAAUAUUUAAAUUUUUGAAAA